CGCAGUUUAAUCGACGGAGAGCUAUGAAGAUAGACGGAUAGCUAUGCGUUUAAAUCUUCUGUCAUUACUGAGGUUUACAUUUAUGUAACAAAGUCUGAGGUGUUAAAAGAACCAUGGCGUUCGGGGGCAGGGGUGAUGCGGUCCGGAUGCGGCAGCCUCAGUUUAGCGCCAUGAGACAACCGCCUUUGAUUAGGCAGCUGAGGGGGAUCCUUGCUGAGUACCCGGAUGGAGGACAGAUUCUGAAGGAGUUGAUACAAAACGCAGAGGACGCUGGUGCGCGAGAUGUGAGCAUUCUUCUGGAUGCGGGGCGCACCAACAGGGAUGCUGGGGACAAGGCGCCGGUUUACACCAAAUUCUUCCAGGCUCCCGCACUUUGCGUGUAUAACGAUGCAGUAUUCACGGAACAGGACUGGGAGGGCAUUACGAUGAUAUACAGCAGCAUAAAAGAGGAGGACAAAUCUAAAGUCGGUAGAUUCGGGCUCGGAUUCAAGUCUGUGUUUCACAUUACAGACUACCCUUGUAUCAUCAGCGGAGACAAAAUGUUGUUGAUUGAUCCGCAACAACCGACUGACAGAGUGAAUGCCUUCUUUGAAAUACCUUUGAUGCACGAUCCCUGGGAGGGACUUGACAUGAACGAUUUUUACAAUGGCCUUGGUGGAUAUUUUGGCGUAGAUCAGCGUAUGAUUAGUGAUGGACAUUUCAACGGAACGUUGUUCUGGUUUCCUUUAAGGGAAAGAGCGUCCCCUUUGUCUGACACAUUGUACGACGAACGCAAGAUUCUUGAUCUUUUGGAUGGCUUGAAGUCUGAGGCACCUAGCAUCCUCAUUUUCUUAAGAAACCUGGAAUCGCUGACAGUUUUUACAGCGAAAGAAUGUUAUCAACGUACAUCAACAUUCGGUACGCAUGAACACAACAGAAAACGGCCUAGUUUUCAUGUACGCAUCAAAGAUGCUGAGCACCAGGUUCGACAUGCAAGGGAAGAGUUUAUUGCCAAAAUGGACACAAACAGUAGUGAUGUCACAAGUAUGACAGAUUACUGCAUAGAAGUUACAACAGAUGGACAGGUUACAGAUUACUAUUGGGCUGUGUUAAACUACUUUGUUGGCACUUCUGCCUCUGGACAAUUUCUAACACUAAUCAAUGACAAAGACAUAAGCAUGAGUCCUUGUGUUUCCAUUGCUGUUUCUUUAGAUCAGUCUCGUCAACAGUUUGAGGGACAUAUAUAUUGCUUCAUGCCUUUACCGAAAGAAGGAUCAAAGCUUACCGGUUUACCUUUUCAUGUGAACGGAUUCUUUGCGCUAAGCCAAAACAGACACCAUCUAAAAUGGGUUACAGAUGAACAGAAGAUGCAGAAAAUAUAUGACAAAAAUGUUUUAUGGAAUCAAUAUAUGGUGACUGAGGCAUUGCCAAAGACAUUCAAAGCAAUAUAUCUCUAUCUGGUACAUCGCGCCCAGCGAAAUGGAAACCCAAAUGAGGAUAUAAUGAAUAUCAAUAGACUCAUUCCUGAUUUUCCAAAUGUCUUGGACAAGUGGAGACAAUUCAUGUUCAAUGCUUUAAGCUUGGUCAAGUCUGAGAAGAUCUUCUUCUGCAGACAUUUAAACGCUUGGAUUCCAUUGCAGCAGAGUAUAUUUGCCUCGUUUGAUAAUUUACCAAGACAUCUUGACCACGUUCGUUCUUCGGUGAAGAAAUGUUUACAAUACAUGGGCCAAUAUCUUGUUGAAGUGCCAGAUGAAACUGUUGCUACAUUCAAACAAUUAUUUCCUGGACAAGUAACGGACGUGACACCUUUACUGUUGGCUAGAUACAUGAAACAAAAUAUGAAGUACAUGGAUUUGGACGACAAGGCGAAACUGAAUAUUCUCGAAUACCUUGUCUCCGAUGCUGAUAACACAAAGCUUGAAAAUUUACACCUGAUACUGCUUGCGUCGCGUGAUUGGGCUGCGUUUCACCAACGGGGAGAGCCGAUCUACAUUUGCGAUGAGAAGAUCAUAUCCCUGUUUCCGUUGCUGACAAACAGGUUUCUUGCUCCAGAUGCAAGGGAGACCGUUUACAAAUCAGGGUUGUUUCAACUCACGGAAAUCACAGAGACUGCAAUUAAAACAUUACUUCAAGAAACGAUGUCGAGAUACCUUGAUUGUACCGAUACAGUUAGCGACAGUUCACCGAUAAAUGUCCAGUGGCUAGAAAACGUUUGGAGAGUCAUUGGAAGAAACAUUGAAAACUUCGCUUCCUUGUCGCUGGUGCCAUAUCUGCAAAGUGGAAGCUUUCUCAACAAGUACAGAGUCAAGUUGAUUCCUUUAAGCACCCCAUGCUUGGUCCUUGGUGCAUGCCGUGGCGCUACGAUUUCAAAAGAGCUUGUUCGUCCUUUGGAGCUUCUUGGCAUUACCGUUUUACCAGAUGUGCCAUCUUUUGUGCAUCAAUAUGCGGGACAUUUUUUAAUCCACCGUACUUAG